UACGUACAAUACUAACCCGGUACCCAGAAAAAUUUCAAUGAUUUAAUUAUCAUUUUAAUACGCAUUCGCUGCAAUAGUAUUUAUGGCAGUUUUUAAAUUUCUUAUCAAACUUUUCCAGUUAUAAUCUAUUUGGGAUGACAUAAAUUUUUAAAUUCAUACCGUUAAAGGCCCAAACAUAAGAGAAAAACAUCACAUAAUAACUAUAAAGGCUUGUAGAGAACAAAAGGCAACAAAGUGUGAGGUAAAGUGAUAUAUGUAUAUUGUGUAUAUUCAACAGGAAGUGUCAUGAAAUAGUGGGAAGUGACAGUAACACGUGGUGCGUUUAAAUGGCAAGUCAACGUUCCGCCCAGUGCCGCCGCUGUCCAAUCACAGGGCAUCUUGUGUGACACUCCGCCCCUUUCACUGACGCCCUUGACUGUCUAAUUUGCAUAGCGAAAGUGUCGGCGCGGUAUGUCUGCCACUGAAAUGGCGGCACCCGCCACCGAGGCCAGCCCUUCGGUGGGUGUCGCGAGCGGUGCUUCGGUCGAGAACGACACCGAGCUCGACGGCCGAAUACACGCGGAAACGGAGGAAACGGACGUCUCAGCGGAGCCGAAAAUGGCGGAGGCCGGUGAGGCGGCGGAGCAGGCCGCUAGCAAGGCGCCGGCUCUGGAGGUGACACCCGCUGCCCAGGAUACUGAGAUGCCUCCGUCAGACCCGCAGCAGAACUCCGGGGAAGAUAACACUGACAAGCCGAAAGGAGCUAAAGAAGAGCCCGGCGAGGAGAGCCGAUAUUCGGGUAUGAACUGCGACAAGAGCAAAGCGAGUUGCGAAGACGACAAAGUGAACAGCGGCGAUGGGGAGCUGGGGGAGAAGAGGCGACCCAGCCUGGAGAUCUCCUCGUCGGACGGCGAACCGCUCAGCCGUAUGGACUCCGAAGACAGCAUCAGCAGCACCCUGAUGGAGAUGGAGAGCACGGUGUCCAGCGGCCGCUCCACCCCGGCCAUGAUGAACGGUCAGAGCAGCGCCGGUUCCUCUGCUGCUAAGACGGUGGCUUACUCUUGUUGCUGGGACCUUUGUCUGCAGUACUUCAACUCCAGUCCUGAUCUCGCCGAGCAUAUCCGGGGCGUCCACGUGGAUGGACAACGAGGCGAGGUGUUUGUGUGUCUUUGGAAAGGUUGCAAGGUCUACAAUACUCCCUCAACCAGUCAGAGUUGGCUCCAGAGACACAUGCUGACCCACAGUGGGGAUAAACCCUUUAAGUGUGUGGUUGGUGGCUGCAACGCAAGUUUCGCUUCCCAAGGAGGGCUGGCUCGCCACGUUCCCAGUCACUUCAGCCAACAGAGCUCUUCUAAAAUGGCCAGCCAGGCCAAACUCAAGGAGGAGUCCCCCUCCAAGGCGGGCCUCAACAAGAGGAGGAAACUCAAAAACAAAAGCAGGUGCUCCCUACCGAGGCCCCAUGACUUCUUUGAUGCCCAAACCAUGGACGCCAUCCGUCACCGAGCCAUCUGUUUCAACCUCGCUACUCAAAUCGAAAGCUUGGGCAACGGCCACAGCGUGGUCUUUAACAGCACGGUGCUCGCCAAGAGGACAGAAGAAUCGGGAAAGGUGAAAGUCCUUUUACGCUGGACGCCUGAAGACAUUCUGCCUGACGAGUGGGUGAGUGAAACAGAGCGAUCUCAGCUGAAGACGAAGUUGGUUCACUUAUCUCAGUUGCCGCGGGACACCGCCCCGCUGCUGGACCCAUACAUAUACAGAGCACUUCCACGGGAGAGAAAGAAGCAGAGCUUGUAAGGACUCGUCUCUGGACUUUUUUUUUUUUUUAUUAUAAUUUUUUCUCACUGGGAUGGGACACUCGUCAUUGUCUCUGCUGACAAGCAAAGUGGUGACGAUACCAACUUUAUGGGAAUAUUUCACACAGGAAACAACGUGAACACUUUUUAUUUUCUCUUCAUCAAAAAAACUUGAACUUGGAUUUUUUUUUUUACCACAAAACAAAAGAGAAAAAUCUCCUGAUACUUUCUACUGAAAAAAACACUUUGGUGCGACCUUGUCUAAACGAUACUUUGUACUGUUUUGUGUCAAUCAUAUAUGCAAAUUUGUAACUUAUUUUUUAUAACAACAAAGGUAUUGUGGAUGGAUGUGAGCAUUUUCAAUAAAAUUACUGUGAUAAGCUACGGGACACUUUUGUGUGUGUGUGUGUGUGUGUGUGUGUGUGUGAAACCAGUCCAUACAGUAUUACUAUUUAAACCAGGGGUGGGCAAGCUAUGCCCUGGGGGCCACAUCCGGGCCGCCAAGUGUUUCCAAAGUGUUCUUUCCAAAGUAGUAUCAUGGCUUGAGCCAACCUUUUGAUGGUUUUAUCAAUUUUGUUAUUUGACGUGGUCUGUUGUUUACAAAGUGCUCCUGAAAAAAAGGACACAAGCACAUAAUAAUAAUAAUAAUUAAUAAUAAUAAAAAAAUAAAAAAAAUAAAAAAAAAAAUAUAAAAUAUUUAUUUAACUUACAAAUAAAAAUAAUAAAAAAAUAAAAAUAUAAAUAAAUAAAUAUAAAAUAUAUUUAUUUAAAAUAAAUAUAAAA